AUGGCUUCAGUUUGGGAUACGCCUUUGAAUGUUCCCUUUGUGAUCUCGACCUUGUUAGUCGUGUCCGUGUCUGCGGAGAAUAGUCUGGGCCAAUGCGAACAAGCUACUCCUGGAUGGGCAGAGACUGGGCUGACGGCCGGUUUUUGCUUGGUCGCCGACCGUAAACUCAUGUCAUACCUUCCACCGCACUAUGCGGACUAUAUCAAGAAUGACCAUCGCUUCAGCUUCACGGAGUUUGCGCAUUGGGAUAUAAUAGGCUAUCUGCCAUGGUUUGAGCCUUUUGGAACGCUGCUUAAAUCGGAGAUCUCCAUCGAUGUCGUCCAGAAGAGACUGUCGCUGAACAUUGAAAGGCUCAGCGCCACUGUUUCCAACACAAUGGCUGACGUUCUCCAAAGCAAAUGGGGGGACGAAAGCGAUUUCUAUGCGGUCCAUCUGCAUCAAACCGUCCUGUUAGUUUUCAACCACUCCGAGGAAAAUGAUUACUUUGGGUGA